UGUGUGCAUGACCAAUGUGCGGUAGUGAUGUUUAAGCCGAGCUAUGUUACUGUGAGCCCAACAAUGACUCCAAUUCCUACGAGGAAAACGAGGAACAAAGGCUUACCCUCAAACUCUGCUGAUGUGGCCAAACUUUUACGAACUAGUUUUUUGUCUGUCCCCAACGAAGGAAAUCACAAAAAUGACCUACAGAAUUCUUCUAUUACACCUGAGAAUGGCCCCUCGAAACAUGAUCUCCCGUCAGAUAAUUCAUCCUCAACUAGCAUUGGCUGUGACACAGACGACAUAAUCCGCCUAAACAUAAGUGGAGGUUACUUUGAGGUAACCUUGACGACAUUAAGCAGAUACAGCGAUACAUUGUUGGGUUCAGAAAAUGAUCUGAGGAAGUAUUACUUGGAAGAUAGGAAUGAGUACUUCUUCGAGAGGAAUCGACUUAUUUUCAGCGCAAUACUAUACUUCUACCAAAGCCAAGGAAAGUUCUACCGACCUACCUGUGUGACAGAAGAACAAUUUUCGGAGGAAAUUCGCUUUUUCAAACUUGAGGACCAUUACGAAAAAUAUGUAGAGAACAUGGAUGAUGAAGAUAAAGAUUCGAUCUCAGACGCAGAUAAAACCUUUUUACGGAAAUGUUGGGAUUUCUUCGAAGAACCUGACUCUUCUAAAGCUGCACGUGUAUGGGCUAUUCUUGAUGUUUUGGCCAUUACUCUAGCAGUUGCCCUCUUUAUCGUGGAGACAAUGCCAGAAAUCAAAAAAGCCAUUGAUUCAAAGGAGCCAAACAGCCAGAAAACGACCUUCAAAAUAAUAGAAACAGUUUGUAUCAUGUUCUUCACUAUUGAGCUCAUCGCUAGAUUCAUCUGCUGUCCUGACAAGUUUCUCUUCAUAAAGACUGCCAUGAACUGGAUAGACUUAGUCACUGUCCUGCCGUUCUUCAUACAGUUUAUGACAGCAGAGAAUAAAGGGGGAGAAGCUCUUGUAGUUUUGAGGGUUCUAAGAGUGAUUAGAGUCCUAAAGCUUGCAAGGCAUUCCAAAGGUAUUGUGAUAGUAACAAAGACUCUAGCAGCCAGUGUAAACGAGUUAGCACUCUUACUUUUCUUCUGGUUCAUAGGAGUUAUCAUAUUCGGUUCUAUAAUGUACUACUUGGAAUUCAAAGAAGACUUGGUUGGUUCCGCAGACGAGAGCAAGUUUAGAUCCAUACUAGAGAGCUCGUGGUGGGCAGUAGUGACAAUGAGUACUGUUGGGUAUGGAGACAUGGUUCCUCUAACCCCAUUCGGAAAAUUGAUAGCCUCAAUCUGUAUGAUGUUCAGCAUGAUAGUGAUCGCGCUCCCAGUAACGGUGAUUGUCAGCAAAUUUACAAGAGUCUAUGCUAAAUACAAGGACAAACUAUGAGACCUAAAAAACGAAU